CCCUCUCCCUGGCACAUGUCAGAUCACGUGCAAGGGAGUGGUCUGGGGCCAGACUAGCUCAUGAUCUGAUGAUAUCGUGUGACAGUGCAGUAUUCUAACCCCUCAAAAUGGCCUCCCUUCAAUUGAGUGGCUACCAGUGUGAGUUUGUUGAGAGUGUGGGGGAUUACGAAUGCCCCUUGUGUCUGCAUGUGACCCGAGAGCCCAGCCUCACCAGCUGCUGUGGACAACACUUCUGUCAAGCCUGUAUCCAAAAGAUACUCACCGACAACAAACCAUGCCCAUUUUGUAAGGGCGAUAGCUUCACUGUGUUUCUAGACAAAAAGCACCGAAGAAGAGUUCUCGAUCUCAAGGUCUACUGUGAUAAAAAAGCUGAUGGUUGUGACAGGGUGGGUUGUGACUGGGUGGGUGGUUUGGGAGAGCUAGAACAACAUCUUACUGAGAAAUGCGCACUAGUUUCUGUGGAUUGCCAAUACAACUGUGGAAAAUCUUUUAUGAGGAUAUCCCUAGCGUUUCACGAGGCAAGAGUGUGCCCUAAAAGACCACACAGCUGUGAGUACUGCCUGCUGGAGGGAACAUAUCAAGAUAUCCAAGAUGACCACCUCCCAGUGUGCCCAAAGUAUCCCGUGGCGUGCCCCAACGAGUGUGGAGUGGCUCCCUCAGAGAGAGGUCAACUGAAGGGGCACCUGAGAGAGUGUCCUCUGGCAAUGGUCGAGUGUGAGCUGAAGGAGCUGGGCUGUGAGGAGGUGGUCCAACGGGAGAACGCGGACAAACACAUGGAGCAAGCUGCCCAGAAACACAUGAGACUAAUGGCUAGUCACUAUCUAAAUAGUCAGAGAACGCAAGACGAAGCAAUCGCUAAGCUACAAGAAGAAAAUAAAGAAUUGAAACAGUCAUUUGACUUCUUUCGCCAAAAAUACGAAAAACUAGAACUUGAAUCCAAGCAUUUAUCCAGUCAGGUGGAGAGUCAUACGCGACAUGUGAGCAUUAGCUGCAAUAAGGUGACUAUCGACUAUGAAAAGGAAAGGAAACAACACAAAAGAUGGAAAAACAGUGAGUACUUCUGUGUUCCACAAGGAUACGUCAUGGAGGUUAAUUUCUUUUUCAAUUGCCACAUUCAAAGGCUUGAGUUCGAGCUCACCUCUAAAGAUUGCAUAGGUAACGACAUACUCAAGUGGCCAAAAACCUUCACAAUGACAGUCACUAUGCUCAACCAGGCCAAUAACCAUAGCCACUAUCAUAUUACCAAAGAGUUGAAAGUUGAAUAUAAGAGGGACAAGUUUAACGAUCAUCCUCAAAUAUCUUACAAAACGAUAGAUCUCCCGCCUUUUGGAGUGAACUAUAUUGUAAAUGGUCAAGUCAAGUUUCAAAUAAUUGUGAGCGAAAAAUACUGACUUUAAUUAUAUACACAUGCAGUGCUGUACUACACGUAGAUGAGCUACGACCAAGGGUGCAUAUAUAUUCAUGUACCUCUGUAGCACCUCUGUAGGAUUAGUAAAGUUAUUACUUUAAUUAUGCUGAACGUAUUCUUUUUUAUGAAGUAUGCAUAAAUAACGGGGAGCUUUAUUGGACACUAAAGUCCUGAGUUUGACCUUCAUAA